AUGGAGCCGGCGUCGGCCCUGGAGUCCCCGGGCGGCUUCCAGCGCUACUGCGAGCGCGGGCGCGCCUUGGAGCAGCCCGGCCCUGCGCCGCAGCGCCCGAGAGGCGAGCCUAUCAGCGGGCGGCCGCUGGCGCCCUGGGUCGUCGCGAGGAACCGCCGCGGCGACAGCCCGCCGCCCGCGCUGCCGCAAGACCCGCCGCCGCCGUGGCCCGAGGUGCCAGCGCUCAGGCUGCCAGCCGGCCCCGGAGUCAUCGCCCCCCCGCUGAAGGACGAGGCCGCGGCGGGCUCGGCCAGGCCGCUGGAGACGCAGCUGGCGCUUGCCUUCCAGGACCUGGCCGCUCUGGUCGGCAUCGGGCCCGCUGCCACUGCGGAGAAGCCUGGCCGGCGCGUCGCGCCCGCGCUGGGCACAAAAGCUGCCCCGCUGGGCGCCCGCAUGCGCCAGCCGCGCCAGCCCCUGGUCCGCGGCGUCCACAGCCAGUGCUGGACUGGCCCGCGGCACUCUCCUUCUUCUCAGCCUGCGGUAGAAGCGCUUUCGGAUGACCAUCAUCCUCCCGAUCCACCACCCGAGGCGAAGACCGAGCAUUGGUUUGAUCGCAUCAUGCCAAUGCCCCUGGCGCACCCCGACAACGAGGAACAGCAAGAUGACGAGGACGAGUUCGUGCCGAUUUACUCGCAACUCAGGGGCCAUCCGCUGCAGGGGCACGUGUCUGGGCUGCCGAUCUCGGAGGGCAUCGGAGGGGACUCGCUGGACUGCGACAUGCCCGACACUGUCAGAUCUACGGCUCGGGAUCACCUCAAGGCCGUCGAUCUCGCGGCCAGGAUCGCGCAGCGAGGCGCUGCGGAACCCGCGCUGAAGCCCGCCGUGCAGGGCUCCAUCUUCAGCUCGCUUCCCCCGGUGCCCCCCGAGCCCGACGUGCCCCUCGCGGCGGCGCACAACGAGUGGGAGCUGGCGUUCGAGUGGCACUCGCUGGAGCACACCCUCAAGGACGUGGCGGGCGCCGCGAGGCCCGCGAAGGACGCUCGAGCUACACGCAAGCAGGAGCGGCCCAGACCGGCGCCAGAGCCCUCCCGCGGCGGCGGCAGCAGCGGCAGCGCAGCGCCCGCGGCCAGGCCAGCGCCGCCAGCGGAGGAGCGGCCCAGACCGGCGCCAGAGCCCUCCCGCGGCGGCAGCAGCGGCAGCGCAGCGCCCGCGGCCAGGCCAGCGCAGCCCGUGGCGGCGCCCCGGGAGGCCGUCGCCGCCGCUGCCGCCCCGGGCGGCCUGGCCGAGGCAGCUGCGGCGGGCCGCGAGGAGGCGGUGCCCCUGCAGCGCAGGUACGGGCCGCAGAGCCGGCGUGGCGGAGCCUCUCAAGACCAGCUGAUGGUCCUGCAGAGCAACGAGCACGCGAUGCGGUGCUUCGCCACGAUGGCGCACCACGAGGAGGUCCUCUGUGAAGAGUGGGCUGUUUUCUACCAUACCUACUCGUAUGCCGCGCUGAUCUACGAGCUGCAGGCGGCGGUGGCCGCCGUGCUGUAUCGGUUCCCGUCGGGGCAGUCGACGCUGCCGCGCAUUCUGGUGUCGGACUUCGCGCAGCUCCCGGACGCCCCUUCCCUCAUCGGCAAGUUCCGCGAGAAGUUCUCGAAGGACAGAAUGGACCACCACCCAGAGUACCGGGCGGUCGCCAUCUCCACCAUGUGCUCGCUGGUGGCGCUCGGGCCAGAGGUGUCCACCCCGACGGCCUUCCUCGCUGGGUUCAGCCAAGAGGACCUCUCCUUCACCGACGCGCUGAUGAAGUCACUCGCGUCGUGUUACAUCCCGCAGGCCAAGAUCAAGCGGCUGGCGGUCGAUAUCGUGAGGCUCUCCGAGGAGUACGGCCUCGACGUGUCCAAGUACGGCGGGAAGGCGUGCGCGAGCGGCAAGGCGGGGCAUCUGCUUCAGAUCUUCGUCCACAGGUCCCGCCUGGACGAGAUUGCGUAUGCCGCUCUGCCGUACGGCGAGAUCGAUGAGGAGAGGCAUUUGAUCUCGGACUGGCUCGGCGGCGACUUCCCGAUGAACUUUGGGCAGGCUCGUCUCGUUGCGAACCCCAAGGCGUUCACCAACUCAGACCGCGUUCGCAUGUUCACGGUGAGCGCCGACCCGACCUUUCACGGCAAUCGGGCCGCUUUCCAGGAGGCCUUGGUGCGCCUGAUCGAGGGGGCGCUGGACACCCCGGCCCUCCGCCAGACGGCCAUACAGGGCAUCGCGACGGGCGUGCUGCCCUCGUGGGUCGCGAAGCAGGAGGCCAAGGCCGAGGUCGGGUCGACAUCGUCUGGCUUGAAGUCGUUGGCUAGCCGUCUGCGCUGGUAG